AUGAGCAUCAUGAUGAAUGCUUACCUGAUUGAAUCCUUGAGAAAUAUUAAGUCUUUUCUAGAUGAUUUAGACACAAAGAUUCCUAAUGCAAGAACAAACGUGGUUCUUCGACUAUCAGAAGAGCAUCUUCUCGACUUGCAGACCGGCCUACGUAUAUUUCACGAGCACGAAGAGUUACCAUUCGACGCCAGUGACAUUAGCAACGUUGAGGAUUCAAAGUUGAACUAUGACCUCAGAUGUUUGUGCCACUAUGUUCAGGAACUAGAAAAUUUAGAGAUCGUGCCGAACGUCCAUCCGCCCAUCUCUCCAGACCUCCUCCACACAUCGCUGGACGACGCCGAAGCAUGCCAGCCGGUGGAUAUAAACCUCGACGACUUUACUAACAUCGUAACGUUGAAUAUCAGGGAGAUCGAUAUUAAGAGAUUAAAGGGCCUACUGGUCAUGGCUGAUAAGAUUAGAUCGAUGUCGCUAACGAGGUGCAAUAUUGGUUCUUUAAAGUCAGUAUUGUGCUCUGCAACGACUUGUAUACCUGAAGAAAAGGAUGACGAUCAGCAGCAGCAACAACAGCAGCUGCAACAGCAACAACUGCAACAGCAGCCGCAACAACAACACAUGUCGGCCAAUUGGUAUAGUUUGAAUGAGUUGAAACUUGCCUUCAACAAGAUAACAUCUAUCGACGAUUCUAUUAAAAAGUUGCAAGCCAGGAUUAUAUCUGAUAUACCAAACCAACAGCAGCAGCAGCAACUACAACAGCAGCAACUACAACAGCUGCAACAACAACAGCAACUUCAGCAACAACAACCAACUCAGUAUAAACAAGUUGUUGUGGCUGAAAUCAACAACAUUAACACUAAAUCUGAUGUUGUUGCUGUGGUUGGCAUGAAAGAAAGUAAUACACAACAACAACAACAACAACAACAACUUAGCCAAGAACAGUUAGAAAACCUACAUCAACAACAGCAGAAACAUCUUCUACUUAAACAACAACAACUGCAACAACAAGAGCAGCAACAACCACAACAAGAGCAGCAACAACCACAACAAGAGCAGCAACAAACACAACAACAGCAACAACCACAACAGCAGCAACAACCACAACAACGACAGCAACAGCAGCAGCAGCAACCACAACAGCUACAGAAGAUUCUGAUUGAAAAACCAUUCGUUAAGGAGAAUGAUAACCACAAUUAUAGAUUCAGCGCUGGGAGCGAGGGUGAUGAUGACAGCGAGGUUAUCAUCUAUGGUGAUAAUAAGAGUGCCGGUGGCGAUUGUAAUACUGAAUGUAGUAGCGUCUACUACGACUUGAGGCAGUCGCCACUGUCGCCAUCAAUCGACCAUCUGUCGCUGAUGACCGUCAGAUCCACACCGUCCAUCCAUCUGAGACGAAAUAAAAGGAGGAAUAAAAGAAGUCAUGAUGAUGAUCUGGCUCUAAAAAUAGAUCCACCAACAAAGAUGAAGAUGGCCAAGAGGAUGGCGAAGGCCGAAGACGCAGACACAAACACAAACCCAAACUCAACUUCAACACCGGUGCCCAUUGGCAACAACGACAACAACAACAUUAACAACAACAAUAACAUCAACAAUAAUAAUAACAUCAUCAUCAACAACAACAUCAACAAUAAAAGUGAUAAUAAUGAUAUUAAUGAUAAUGAUAAUAAAGAUAUAUCGAGACAGCAGCUGCGCUACAACACAAGACAGCUAACCCCACUAGCGACUUCAACAACGACAACGCCGUUGCGUCAACGUCUGCAGUCGUCGCCAGCCAUUGCCACAUCAUCGACAGCCGAACAGAUGCUAUCGUCAUCACCGUCAAUCACAACACCCUCACAACUGUCAUCAUUAUCUCUAAAAUAUCACCUCUCGCCAUUCAUCACUAUCUGUGUAAUUAUCGACCAUUGGUUAUACUACACCAAGAAAAAGCCCCUAGGUCUUAUAGAGGACAAAUUUGACCUCAGAGGCGUCAAAAGAGUUCAAGUUAUAAAUAAAUCAGUAAUUUUGGGAAAACCCGUAGAUUCUAAAAAUACUACUGCUGCCACUGACGCUGUCAAUACUGAUCCUAAUAGCUGUAAUGCUAAAAAUGGUGGUAACUUUGAUGAUGGUGACGUCAAAGAUAGUGGCGUUUGCGUCAAGAUUGAGUUCGAUACUCUGCAGAAGAUGAGGAGAGAGAGAGUGCUGCUGGUCUCAGAGGAGGAUUGCAACGAAUUCAUGGAGCAUGUUUCCAGGUUUAUGAAAGUUCAAGACAGGAAGAAUAUGAUGGAAUGUUUGAAAUGUGGUCACGUGUUCGAGGAUCACGUGACUCUGAUGAACGCCGAUAUCGAAAAGGUGGUCGUUAACGAAACGAAACUGAAGACGAACACGAAGAUUGCUCUCGUUCAGCAAUACAUCAAAGAACAGUGCCCGAAAUGUAGCAGCCCAUUGGUCAUUCACGCUACGCCCAAGCAACUUAAAUCAACUAAUCAGGGAAAAGGAAAUGAAAAGCUGACCAAUCAGAGCAAGGGAAAUGAUACUAAUAGACGGGGCUUGCUGAACGUUAAGCCAUUCACGAUGGCUGAUUUUACUCCACUUAAGAAUUUCAUAAAUAAAUCUUUCUCCUUACUGCCUACAUUGGGAGAUACCGACCAAGCAGCAGCAGCAGCAACUACAGCAACGAUAGCAGCUGCUGAGGUGGACACGCUGACGUCAUCUGGCAACUACACAGCUGGCGAGGCGCCGAAACUUCUUCGUUACCAAGGCAACAACAAGUAGCCUGAUGAUGGUGAUGAUGAUGGCGAUGAUAAUGAUGAUGGUG